CUCCAUAUCACGCCUUCGCGAUACCAUCACAAGUAUCUUCUCCCGCUCUUCCUGUUGGCUGGCUACACUUCGCCAUGUCGCCUCGUCUUUCCGAGCAGUUGGCUCAUAUUCCCUUUCGCUCCAACUGGAGCCCUCGUUCCGCCGUCCAUGGCCAGGUCCCCAUUCGCACUUUCGGUAUCCGCUCAUUGAACCCCCCGAAGACCUCCCGCUUCGAUGUCGGUCCGGGUCUACCUGUUUUGAAGUCGACUCCCACAGCAGCCUUGGAGCGCAAGGCUAAUACGCUUCCCCUGCGCACUGGUGCGAUCGCUACCAAGAAAGGAAUGACCGGUCUGUACGACGCGACGUCCGGGAAACGUAUCGCUUGCACCGUCCUCCAACUAGAUAGACUCGAGGUUAUAUCGCACAAGACGUUGCAGAAGCAUGGAUACUUUGCCGUCCAGAUGGGCGCUGGCUGGAGGCGGCCUGCCAACCUGACCAAAUCGCUAUUGGGUCACUUCUCGGCCAACGGGAUCUCGCCGAAGCGUCAUAUAUACGAAUUCCGGGUGAAGGACGAGAGAGGCCUCUUGCCUGUCGGAGAACCGGUCAACGCCGACUGGUUCAAGGUGGGCCAGUAUGUUGAUGCGCGAUCAAACUCCAAGGGAAAGGGAUUUGCCGGUGUGAUGAAGAGACAUGGUUUUGGAGGUCAAGAUCGCAGUCACGGUGUCAGUCUGACGCACCGUUCGCUUGGUUCUGCAGGUCCCAGUCAGGGUGGUGGCUCCCGUGUUUACCCUGGCAAGAAGAUGGCUGGAAAUAUGGGAAAUGAGCAGAACACAGUGCAGAAUCUCAAGAUACUUCAGGUGGAUCAAAAGAACGGAAUUGUCGUGGUUAAUGGUUCCAUCAGUGGCCCCAAAGGUUGCGUCGUCAGGAUACAGGAUGCUUUGAAGAAGCCUUGGCCGAAAGUCAAGUUGGUCUCGAAAUCAUCUUGAUAACCGAUUCGAAAGCAUUUUCCCUCCGCCCAUUUUCAGAUCUCCCUCACCGUUUUUCCAUCCCGUGAGAUGUACUAUAACACCAUACUAUUUUGCCUCCAUAGAGCGACAUUUUUAUUUGACAUGUAAAUGAUAUCCAUAUCAGAUCAGAUCUCUUUCAUCCACUCAAACCUGC